AUGGGCUUCCUUGUAUACCUGUUUAUUCUCUUUCUUUUAUCCAUUUUUAUUUCCUUCCUUAUAGUUCUACAUAUAUCUCGACAAAAGAAUUCUGUCAUCCCUAUUAAUUGGCCACUUCUUGGUUCAUUACCGGCUACCAUUGUUAAUGCCCACCGACUCCAUGAUUACGCCACCGAUAUUAUGGCAUGUAAUGAUGGUACGUUCGUGUUCAAAAGCCCAUUGACAACCAACACGAAUAAGCUCUGCACCACAAAUCCUUCAGACGUUCAUCACAUAUUGAGCAAGAACUUCUCUAACUAUCCACGAGGCCAUAGAUUUCGUAAGAUCUUUGAUAUCCUUGGAGAUGGAUUCUCUAAUACUGAUGGAGACUUAUGGCAUUUCCAUCGUCGAACAAUCAUGCUUCUCCUGAAGUCCCCUUGUUUUGGUAGUCUCUUAGAAGAUGUAAUAUGGAACAAGGUGGAAAGUGGGUUAUUGCCUGUACUAGAAUAUCUUUCCAUGCAAGAGGUGGAGAUUGAUUUACAGGAUGUAUUUGAGAGGUUCUCUUUUGAUACCAUAUGCAAAUUGCUUUUCGAUCACGACCCUAAAAGCAUGUCUCUCGAUUUUGCUUACAUUCCAUGCGAGAAGGCUUUAUCAGAAAUGGCAGAAGUGAUGUUUUGGAGGUAUAUCAUGCCUCGAAACGUACGGAAGUUGCAACAACUACUUAGAAUAGGGAAUGAGAAGAAGUUGAGUGAUGCAUGGAAAAUCCUUGAUGAAUUUAUAUACACAAUCGUAGCCCAAAAACAAGACGAGUUAAAUAAACUGAAAUGUGAAUUCAAAGAUGAAAAUUUCAAAUUAUCUACAGCUCUCCUGAGAGAGUAUAAAGAUCAAGGUGGAAGUACUGGGAACCCUAACAAGUUUUUGAGGGACGCCUUACUGAAUCUGUUGGUUGCAGGAAGAGAUACCACCAGCAGCGCCCUCUCUUGGUUCUUUUAUCUUCUUGCCAAAAAUCCUAUGGUGGAAGAUAAGAUCCAGGAAGAGCUUCACAGAGAACUAGAGAAGGAGAUGGGUGAGAAAGAUUUUCGUGCAAUCGAGUUUGACAAACUAAUUUAUCUUCAUGGUGCAUUAUCGGAAGCCUUAAGCAUGGGAAGGAUGAAAUCCAUAUGGGGGAGCGAUUGCAUGGAAUUUAAGCCCGAAAGGUGGAUUUCAGUGGAUGGAAGAAUUAUACGUCAACCAUCUUACAUGUUUCCUGCAUUUAAUGCUGGGCCAAGAAGCUGCUUAGGUAAGAACAUGAGUUUCACUCAGCUGAAGAUAGUCGCAGCCACAAUCAUAUACCAUUACCAUGUCGAUCUUGUGGAAGGACACCUCGUGGUUCCAAGUAACUCCAUUAUACUGAAGAUGAAGAACGGUUUGAAAGUUACGUUAACUAAAAGAAGUGAAGUAAAAAAGGAUGAGCAAAAGGAUCGAACCGGUUGGAACUGGGAACCGGCUUCGGCCAAAAUCAAGAACCGAACCGGCCCGACGAUUCUACCGGUUCCCGGAUCCUACUGGUUCUUGUCGUGUCUUCAAAUGUUGGAACCGGUCCUCGAAAAAUAG